AUGGGAGACACUUCAGGCGGCAGUAUCAGUCAAAUUAAAACCUUUCUGGAGGAAGAAGUUCCGGGGAUUUACGUUACCAGUAUCAGAAUGGGUAACAACACCGAAGAGGAUUUCCUCAGCAGCUACUUUAUGAACCUCAACGAGCAGGUGUCUAUUGCCUGCCGAACCAUUGCCAGUGAUCCAAAGCUUAAGAACGGAUACAAUGCUCUUGGUUUCUCUCAAGGAGGACAGAUCGUUCGAGCGAUUGCCCAACGAUGCCCUACUCCUCCCAUGCUUAAUCUCAUCUCUAUUGGAGGACAGCACCAGGGCGUUUAUGGACUGCCCAGAUGCUUUGGUGACGAUAGUUCAAUCUGUGAUUUGGUUCGGAGGAUGCUGAAUCAUGGAGCGUACAUUUCAUAUGUUCAGGCCAACUUGGUCCAGGCUGAGUACUGGCAUGAUCCAAUACAGUUAGACUUGUAUCGUGAAAAGAGCGUCUUUUUAGCUGACAUCAACAACGAUAGAAAGACUCGAAAUGAGACGUACAAGGCCAAUCUUCUCAAGCUCAGCAAUAUGGUUCUGGUCAAGUUUCUCAACGAAACGAUCGUCGAGCCAAAAGAGAGUGAAUGGUUCGAAUUCUACGCUGAUGGGCAGACAGAUAAGAUUGUGAGUCUGAAAGAUUCCCCGCUCUACAAGGAGGAUUGGAUUGGCCUAAAGCAGCUCGAUGAGGCGGGCAAGCUGAAGCGAAUUGCCGUAGAAGGAGAUCACUUGCAGUUCACUCUGUCCUGGUUCAAAGAAAACAUUGUCAAUGUAUAUCUUAAAUAG